ACUGGCGCUAGACGGUGCGCAUGCGUGAUAGCUACAACGAACAACAGUCAGGCCGGGACGAAGCCAUUUGCGUUUGCCAAUAAAUUGUCUGUAUUUUAAGUCGAAUUCGGCGUCGAGCGGUGCGAUCGAGCGAUCGGCAAACAUGUUCAAAGGGGAAAAGCCGGAGCAGGUGUUACAAAUCGACCCGUCGAACGAGCUGCGCUUCACAGGUCCCUUCACCAGCGCAGUCACUUCGUACAUAACUCUGAAAAACCCGUCGGAGAAAAAGGUGUGCUAUAAAAUCAAAACCACAGCUCCCAAGCAGUACUGUGUAAGGCCCAACUCUGGAACUUUGGAUCCCAUGUCCUCUGUUGAGAUAGCAGUAAGCUUACAGCCUCAACAGGGUGAUUUCCCAAGCAGUGAGAACUAUAAGCACAAGUUCAUGGUGCAGACAAUGUUUGCGCCUGAUGGUGACUACGAUUCAGACCAAUUAUGGAAGGAGAUAACACCUGACAAACUGAUGGAUUCCAAACUCAAAUGCGUGUUUUCUAGUGGCUCGGAAGUUCCAGCAAACCAAGACUGUGUCAAAGAAGCGCCUGUGCAGGAAAAGAAAGUCACCAAGAGCAACAAGGUUAGCUCCGUAAAAAGCUCAAUCAAGGUUGGUACUCAGGCUGAAAAUGAGCUGGCUCGUGCAGCUGCUGAGGUUAAGACACUUAGGGAAGAGGAGAGCACUCUUAGACAAGAAAAUCUUGCCCUGAAGGAGGAAGUGUUGCGACUGCGUAAGGCCACUCGGGAGGCACGGGAGCAGUCAGGCGACUCGGCGAUUGGAGGCGGCAGCGCCAAUGCGCAGACACUCGCAAACAUGGAGAACAACCGAGUUUACCUUAUCCUGGGCAUAUUUGCGGUUUUGUUUGGUAUAUUGUUGGGAAAGUUCCUGCUCUGAGCCAUACGUCACUUGUCACUCAUCUCAAAUCCACAAGCUCCGAUCCAGUUUGCCUAAAUGCUGCUGCUACUGAUUGAUUUGUUAUCCAGACAAAAUACAACUUGCAUAGGAUUUUGAAACCAUAAGUACCAAAAUGGUUCUUUUGUAUGUACAAAAGUCAGCUGUAUAUUUCAACUGAUUCGGUUUUGUCCUCAAGACGAAUUCUUGUUAAAAACAAGCGCGGAUUUCCGGCCCAACAAUUUUUUAAAGGUAGUGGCCUGCUUGCUUUUGUCCAUUGUCCCCAGAGCUUUCAACAGACCAGAGAGGUCUCACGAGUUAUAUCUGUUGGCAAUAAAAGUGCUGAUUUUACACAAAAAUUCUUUAGUUUUGGCUGCGCAAAUUUUUGGAAGUUUAUCCUAAAAUUAAGCCUGGUUUCCGCCAUUCGCAUUAAUUACUCAAUCGCUCUUUAACGCUAAAAAAUGGAUGUUGCGCAAUCACCUCUCUGGGAGCUCUUCUGGAUAACAAAACUGUUAAUUGGUUUGAGCCCCCAGCUUGUGUAGUGCAUGUUUUAAGCUCUAAGUACUCCCCCACUCAUGUAGAAGCCUCCUAAGUUUUGAGAAUGCGAGAAAGGGUGCUGUUGUAGAUACUGGAACAAUAAUGGCCCCACUUAAUUAGCACGCAAGUUAAAACACUGUACAUAAUGGAGUAAGUGAAUUAUGCAACCAAUCAACUCAUCCUGGACUGUAAUUGGCUUGUGUAUUUGAUAUGAACCAUAUUGAUUAUGUAAAUUGUUAACUAUUAUUACAUGAAUAUAUAAAGUAAUCAAUAAUUACGCUCUUUUCAUUGUUUUUAUUAUUUAUUUUGUGGAAGCGUCCUUGAAAAGGAAUUUCAACCAACUUUGUAUUGAAGACUAACCUUUUUUGAGCGCUUCCCCACUUUUCUUACUAUGCACGUGAGUUUUGUUGUAAGCUUGACGAAUCAAUUCUUAAGAAUGAGUGGCUCUGAGCUUUGAACUGAAAAGUAAAACUAAACCAAACAUCCUUGGUCUCAGGCUUUCGAUCCGAAUCGCUCCAUAUUAACAGACAAAUACACCCACCCUAAGCUUUAGCCUACAACUCCUGUAAUUUUCCUUUUGCAGUAUACGCUGAUGUAAGGGAAUCGAUUUUGCUUCUUGCUAUAGAGCGGCCUAUUUCAGUUUCUUUAUUUGAAUCCGGAGAAAGAAAUGCCUUAUAUUAUUACCUUUUCCACUAAUUUGGACCGCUAUUACGCCACAAUGCUGGAGAAAAGCCAUUUUCUGCUAACAUUUGUAUGUCACAUUUUGCCUAGAUUGUGACACUUUGACUUGAUGCUCAGCUGUCAGGUUAAAAUUUCACAGUCCCGGUGACUAGUGGGCAGAGAGCAAGUGUGUGUUAAAUUUAUGAAUAAACUGUAUCUAGGAACAAAGAACUUGGA